AUGCGAGUUUACCGUGAUUUUCUAUAUGAAAGUCAGACACGAUCAAUUUCAUCAAUCCCAGAUUACACAACGACGGGGCAGCCUCAGAAUUCACCUUAUCUUCGAGAGAUACAUGUUCACUACAUUUAUGUUCAACCACGAAUUAAGGAAUCUUCAGCUUCCUCAUCGUUUGCAGAGGACGGGAGUGCCCCUCUACAAGAACUACCAGAAGUUGAACGGCAGGUAUCAGACAGAUUGAAAACCAAAAGACAUCGACACCAGGACGAAGAAAACCAAAGCUACAAAUAUAACAAGCAGGAAAUACGUAACCAAAAAUAUAGAAGAUCAUCACUUGAUAGCUCCAAUGAUUCGGACAAGUCACCACCAUACCCCACAAUUGAAUUUACACAAGAAGUACUGCCAAUAUCAAUGAAACUUGAAAUACCAACAACUCAAGCAUCGGACUUCUCCGCUACACAACCGAAUACAAAUCGAAGAGAUAAGAAUCAAAGAUCCGCGAAGCGCUUGUAUUGUCUGCUUUUCGUGAGCGUAGCUGCUACACUACUCACAGCUAUAGGGACCAUACUUGGUAUUAUCCUACCACCUAUCUUAGAAAGUAUAACCACAACCACUACAACAACAACAACAACAACAACAACAACAACGACGACGACGACGACGACAACGACUACCACAACGACAACAACAACAACAAUGACGACGACUGAAAGCUGUUUCGAUGGUAGUUCGUUUGUUCGCAAAGCCGAUGGUAACUCGGUUUACAUACGAGAUUUGCGUGUGGGUGAUCAGAUAUUAGUUGCUGAUCAUGAUGAAUCAGGCGGUAUUCGAAUACGAUCAAGUUCAGUUCUGGCAGUAGAUAUCUAUCAGCAUUACAAUUCGCAUAAACCAAUUCGCUAUCGACAAAUCCAGACAAUGGCAAAUAAUAGUGUACUUCAUGUCACGCCAUCGCACUCUCUUUUUGUUCGGAAGAAACAUUUCUCCCACCCACAAUACCUUUUUGCAUCUGAAGUUGAAGUUGGCGAUCACCUAUACCUGGUCGAUGAAAACUAUCGUUUCGCUAAUGGAAUCAAAGUUACUGAAAUUGAUGACAUUCGUCUUUUUGAUGCAUAUGCUCCGUUAACGCGUGAAGGUAAUAUGAUCGUGAAUGAUAUAGUAGCAUCAUGCUAUGGCACAUUUACACAUUCAAUUGGGCAUCUUGUAAAAAUGCCACGCCGAUGGUUACUCUACUGGCGCUUACUCUGA